CAUAGACCCCUGUCCAGACCCCACGCAUCUUCUCAGCAUCCUCAGACCAGCAGGACUUGCAGCAAUAGUGGAUUAGGCACCUGACUUCUCCUUCAUCUACCUUUGGCUGGGGGCCUCCAGCCUUGACCUUCGCUCUGAGAGUUUCAGGCAGGUCCAGAGCCAGUUCUCCCAUGACGUGAUCUGUUUCCAGGGCAGGUUCCCGGGUGAGAUAAAAGGAUUUGGGCUGAACAGGGUGGAGGGAGCAUUGGAAUGGCACUCAGAGCAAAGGCAGAGGUGUGCAUGGCAGCGCCCUGGCUGUCCCUGCAAAGGGCACAGGCACUAAGCACCAGAGCCGCCCGGGCCCCUAGUACGGUGCUGCCCUUUGAAGCCAUACCCCAGCGUCCAGGCAACAGGUGGCUGAGGCUGCUGCAGAUCUGGAGGGAGCAGGGUUAUGAGCACCUGCACCUGGAGGUACAUCAGACCUUCCAGGAACUGGGGCCCAUUUUCAGAUACCACUUGGGAGGACCACGAAUGGUGUGUGUGAUGCUGCCGGAAGACGUAGAGAAGCUACAGCAGGUGGACAGCCUACAUCCCCACAGGAUGAGCCUGGAGCCCUGGGUGGCCUACAGACAACAUCGUGGGCACAAAUGUGGCGUGUUCUUGCUGAAUGGGCCUGAAUGGCGCUUCAAUCGAUUGCGGCUGAACCCAGAUGUGCUGUCGCCCAAGGCUGUGCAGAGGUUCCUCCCGAUGGUGGAUGCGGUGGCCAGGGACUUCUCCCAGGCCCUGAGGAAUAAGGUGCUGCAGAACGCCCGGGACAGCGUGACCCUGGACGUCCAGCCCAGCAUCUUCCACUACACCAUAGAAGCCAGCAACUUAGCUCUUUUUGGAGAGCGGCUGGGCCUGGUUGGUCACAGCCCCAGCUCUGCCACCCUGAGCUUCCUCCAUGCCCUGGAGGUCAUGUUCAAAUCCACCGUCCAGCUCAUGUUCAUGCCCAGGAGCCUGUCUCGCUGGACCAGUCCCAAGGUGUGGAAGGAGCAUUUUGAGGCCUGGGACUGCAUCUUCCAGUACGGCGACAACUGUAUCCAGAAAAUCUAUCAGGAACUGGCCUUCAGCCGCCCUCAGCACUAUACAGGCAUCGUGGCGGAACUCCUGUUGAAUGCAGAACUGUCACUAGAAGCCAUCAAGGCCAACUCUAUGGAACUCACUGCAGGGAGCGUGGACACGACGGCGUUUCCCUUGCUGAUGACACUCUUUGAGCUGGCUCGGAACCCCGACGUGCAGCAGGCCCUGCGCCAGGAGAGCCUGGCCGCCGCCGCCAGCAUCAGUGAACAUCCUCAGAAGGCAACCACCGAGCUGCCCUUGCUGCGGGCGGCCCUCAAGGAGACCUUGAGGCUCUACCCUGUGGGUCUGUUUUUGGAGCGAGUGGUGAGCUCAGACUUGGUGCUUCAGAACUACCACAUCCCAGCCGGGGUGCUGAAACACUUCCUGGUGGAGACACUAACCAAAGAGGAUAUAAAGAUGGUCUACAGCUUCAUACUGAGGCCCGGCACGUUCCCCCUCCUCACUUUCAGAGCGAUCAACUAGUCGCGCCUCUGCACCCAGGGUCCCAGCCUGGCCACCAGCCUUCCUCUGCCUGACCCCAGGCCACCCUUCUUCUCUCCCACGUGCACAGCUUCCUGAGUCACCCCUCUGUCCAGCCAGCUCCUGCAUAAAUGGAACUCCCCAGGGCCUGCAGGACUGGGGCUUUCCAGCUUUACCAAACAGCAAGGCCAGGGCACAGCUGGGGAUGAUCUUGCUGGCUGGGCCUGGCCUUGUCCCCAGCCCCACCUGGCCCCUUCUCCAGCAAGCAGUGCCCUCUGGACAGCUUGACUCUACCCCUCCCAACGCUGGCUCCAGGCUCCUUGUGUGGCCAUGCAAGGGCACUGUGAUUCUGUCCCUUGCCCUCCUGCCUACUCUCACAUGUCCCUGUUCCUCUCCCCUGGCCACGGCCUCUGUGCAGACUGUGUCAGAGUCAUUAAGCGGGAUCCCAGCACCUCAGAGUGCAGUCAAGCUCCCUCCUGCAGCCUGCCUCCCAGGCAGCUCGAGCAUGCCCUGAGCUCUCUGAAAGUUGUCACCCUGGAACAGGGUCCUGCAGGGUAGAGUAAAAAGGCCCCUGUGGUCACUUGUCCUGA